AUGCAGAGCAACCAGAUGGCCGAGAAACUGAAAACAGAUCUGGGCGAACCAGGAGGAAGGAGGAAUCCCAGUGUCCUGAGUUUGUUUGGGUUCCUGUUUGUGUCCCUGGGUUCCAGUCCAUCCCAUGAAUGUCUGGACUGCUGGUGCUUGUAUCUGCUUGUAAGUGGCCAAGUGCACCGGGACCAUCCUGCAGGUGAAGACUGGAUAAAAGGCUCCCAAGGUCAUCUAAUUCUAUCUCCUUCUUAUGAAAUAGAAGAAUGUGGAAAGUGUUUUAGUGAGAAAUCAACUUUUGUUCGACAUCAGAAAACUCACACAGGAGAGAAGCCAUUUUCGUGUACUGAAUGUGGAAAGUGUUUUAAUCAGUUUGAGAUUCAUCUGAAAAUUCACAUAGGAGAGAAGCCAUUUUCAUGUUCUGAAUGUGGAAAGUGUUUUGGUGAGAAAUCAAAUCUUGUGCAACAUCAGAGAAUUCACACAGGAGAGAAGCCAUUUUCAUGUUCUGAAUGUGGAAAGUGUUUUAGUAAGAAAUCAAAUCUUGUGCAACAUCAGAGAAUUCACAUAGGAGAGAAGCCAUUUUCAUGUUCUGAAUGUGGAAAGUGUUUUGGUGAGAAAUCUAAUCUUGUGCAACAUCAGAGAAUUCACACAGGAGAGAAGCUAUUUUCAUGUUAUGAAUGUUCAAAGUGUUUUAGUAAGAAAUCAAAUCUUGUGCAACAUCAGAGAAUUCACACAGGAGAGAAGCCAUUUUCAUGUACUGAAUGUGGAAAGUGUUUUGGUGAGAAAUCAAGUUUUGUGAGACACCUAAGAAUUCACACAAGAGAGAAGCCUUUUUAA